CUGUUCUGUUUCCUAUUGAUUUCUAGAGUGGCUGUGCCCUUCUCAGCCCUAUAUACUGUGUACCAUCCAUCUAGCCAAAGGCAAAUUCACAGAAGCCAUUUUCUGCAGAGACAUAAUGGGUCAUUGGCCCAGAAGCUACAGAAAUAGAUGUCACACAGCAGAGACAUUUCCAUUUCCCCUUCCCUUGGGGCAAACUGUAUUACCAUAAAUUUCUUGGUCCAGUGCAACUCAGUAUGCCUUUGGUUUGAAUAGCCCCUUAACCAAAGCAAAGAUGUAAAAUGGGCUUCUAUUAAAAGAAAAAAAAAAAAAAGAAAAAAAAAGAAAUUGCAAUCAACUUUGCCUGGAUGCCAAAUGCAUUUUGUGUAAUUCUAUAUGCAGAAUUAGUUAAGGAGGAGAGAAAAGCAUUUAAAAGAAGAAUUAAAGGGUGGAUAAGGGUUUGGCAAUUACUACAGUGUGUGCAGAAAAGGAAUACAUCAAGUGAAAGGGAGAUUAUUAGUAAAUCAGACUUAGGAGCCAUCACUUUCAAUAGUGAUCAUGGCACAAAAUUGUAGCACAUUAUGCUCAAGAGAGAUGGAGCAAAUAGUAGCAGAGAAGGGCAGCUAGGAUAAUCAGGGAGAUGUAGAAUCUUACAAGGGUUCAGUUUGUUUAGCCAAGCAAAUUGAUGGUCAGGAGGGAGGAAAGGAAUGCCAAAUCUUCUACACAGGUGAGUGGUGGGAGGACUAUCAGAGAGGUUUACCCAGGGAGAAACAUCCUUUCUCUACAAUGGUUUAAAUAAGUGCAAAAGGGAGGUGUUACAUUUGAGGACAUAGAAAUGCAAACAAUUAGAGAAAAGGGGCUAAUCGCUAGCAAGGGAAAACAGACAGAAAAACAACUCAAUUUGGCACAGUAUCUAAGCGUAUAAAUUACCCUUGAGACAACACUGGCACGAGGUUCUCAGGGACAAGGGGCAAGAUACCCAAUUGUUUUCUUCCUUCCUUCCUUCCUUAUCCUUGUGAAGAAGCACUGGUUUACUGGUACUGAGAAAAGUUUAUGUCCCAGUCUGUCCCUCUGCUUAAUGUUGGCUGGAAAGAAGAAUGUCUCCCUUAGAAGACAGUAAUUGCUGGUUGAGUGGAGGUAUAUGUACAGGCCAGUGCAGUCCCUUGUAGAGGUUGGAACCCACUUGCAUGCAAUGAAUGAAGGUUCAAGUCUAAUUAACAUCAAAAACUCUCCACUGCCAACCCUUAACCUGCUGGGAAUUCAGAUGCUUGAAAGUACGAUCUUGGGAUGUACUGAUUCAUACAGCAUAGAGCACUGUAGUUUGUCAAAGGGUAGGAUUCUUAACUCCUUGAUCAUUUAUUACUUUGAAGAUCACAGUGGAAAUUGGAAUAUAUAAAUAUAGAUGCGUUGCUGAAAUUGUUCAAUAUUUUUCUUUAUGGUCGCAUCAUUGGCAGGAAAAUUGUGUAUCAGUUUCUAUCUUUCAUCUGAUUAACUGUGUUAGCUGAGGUUCUUGCAUGCUAUUUGUUUUGUUUUGUUUUCUUUAAAAAAAAAUGUUUUGAAGCUAACGGAAUGGUCUUCUUAAACCUUCAGUAUCUUUUGGAUUUUAACAAUAGCACUAUUCUGUAAUAGCGAUGACAUGAAAAGAAUUCUGGGCAGUAAAAUGUUAAUGUCCACAGCAAGCAUCCUGCUCCCUUUAAAAAAACCUAAAAGAAAUUAACUACUGAAAUGGCCUGUUAGAGCUGGAUUACACUGCAUGCUUUAUUUUCUUGUUAUUUCACUGUGGAUAGAGAAUGGCAGGGAGAAACAUGCUGGCUUUCAUUUGUUACAGCUUUCCAGAAAUCCUUGUGACUGAAAAAGGAGAAUUCACUUCCAUGUAAAUUAAGCUUAUUGACUUUGGAAGCAGGAUUGUGAUCAGUGUUUAUUUUACUUAGUACUUUAAUGCCAUGCCCAACAGUGGGUUUCCUAUGGCACAUUCAGGCAUCUUGACCAUGACAAUGAGUCAUGUCGAACAAAAUACAGUCCUUUGACUCCCGAGUGCCCGAACUCCAUGCUAACAAGGUAGCUCUGCAUGCAGUAAUUUGCAAAUCUGUACAAAAGAGCUAAGCUAAUGCUGUCUGCUACUGAGUACUUGACACUUUUGGUCUUAAGCCCUGAUUUUUAUGUUUCCUGUUCUUCAUAAAGGACAUUAUUGUAGGAAAUAUAAACUAAAAACAUAUGCAACUGUCAAGUGAUAAUGAUGAAAAGUCAGACAGGAUGCUGAAUCUGGCCUUUCAACAUUUAUUAUUACCGGGAUGCUUUUAUACAGCACUUUAGCAGCAACUGCUUUAUGCUACCCCAUAUUUAUGGAAUGAAGUCAUACAUUUUAUAGACUGUAAGUUUAGGCUUAAAAAAACUUGUCUCCUUUGGCAGAAAGAUCUUCUAAGGCAAGAGGAUAUAACAACAGCGGUAAAAUAAAGUGAGCUACACUUCAUAAAUGAAGUGAACCUGAACUUCCUUGCAGAGGCUUGCUCUAAUUGUGGAUGCAGUCAAAUUGAAUCUUGAUUUGCUGUAUGUAUUUCUCACACUUGCACCUCAAAAUAUAAGAGCUUUUUCUGCUGCAUAGACUGAACUGUUUGAUUUGCCCUCUCCCAAUGCAAAUUCCAAACUCUUUUAUGGGAGAGGAGGGGAAUGGGUAUAUUGAGCAUAAAGAAUUCAGCAUUAUAAAUAACGUAUUUGGGGAUUUUACUUUAAUAUCCACUCGGAUGACUGCAGAAAACCACAGUGACCUUGUUGAACAAAGAAUAUUUUAGAGACAGUAUGUCUAGGUCACUUCAUCCUAAAAACAGCGUAACUAGUUCCGUGGGACAAGAUGGAAAUUGGGCAGCAAACAGCUUUUCUGCUGGAAGAAUGCAAGUAGCUUACGGAGAAGGAGCAAGAAAAACAAGAUCCAGCUGGGGAGAACUGAUGAUAUUUUGGGUCAGGCAGAAGCUUGAGGAAGAAGCAUGUCACCGAGUCUCUUGUGUCGACUCCUCCACUGUGAGCCAUAACCAGAGAAUGUAUGAAAACAUGUCCACAAUGGUGUAUCUAAAGGAAGAGAAGUUGGAGAAGCUCACUCAAGAUGAAAUCAUUGCCAAAACUAAGCAAGUGAUUAAUGGACUAGAGGCACUGAAGAAUGAACACAAUUCGAUUUUACAGAGCUUACUUGAAACACUGAAAUGUUUGAAGAAAGAUGAUGAAACCAAUCUGGUUGAAGAAAAAUCAAACAUGAUUCGAAAGUCACUGGAGAUGCUGGAGCUCGGCCUUAGUGAAGCACAGGUAAUGAUGGCCUUGUCAAAUCACUUAAAUGCAGUGGAAUCAGAGAAGCAAAAACUGCGUGCUCAGGUUCGCCGACUGUGCCAGGAAAAUCAGUGGCUACGGGAUGAACUGGCCAAUACACAACAGAAACUACAGAAAAGUGAGCAAUCUGUGGCACAACUGGAGGAAGAAAAGAAGCAUCUAGAAUUCAUGAAUCAAUUAAAAAAAUAUGAUGAUGAUAUUUCGCCAUCAGAGGAUAAAGAUACAGAUUCCACCAAAGAGCCUUUGGAUGACUUGUUCCCCAAUGAUGAAGAUGACCAAGGUCAGGGAAUUCAACAGCAGCAUAGCAGUGCAGCAGCUGCUGCCCAGCAAGGUGGCUAUGAAAUUCCAGCAAGAUUAAGGACCCUUCAUAAUCUUGUUAUUCAGUACGCUUCCCAAGGUAGAUACGAGGUUGCUGUACCUCUUUGUAAACAAGCUCUUGAAGAUCUGGAGAAGACUUCGGGCCAUGACCAUCCCGACGUUGCCACUAUGUUGAACAUACUUGCUUUGGUGUACAGAGACCAGAACAAAUACAAAGACGCAGCAAAUCUCCUGAAUGAUGCCUUGGCUAUCCGUGAGAAGACUUUGGGCAAAGAUCAUCCAGCGGUGGCAGCAACUCUAAACAAUCUUGCAGUUCUUUAUGGUAAACGGGGAAAGUACAAAGAAGCUGAACCUUUGUGUAAGCGAGCUCUGGAAAUCAGAGAAAAGGUCCUGGGGAAAGAUCACCCUGAUGUUGCCAAACAGUUAAAUAACUUGGCUUUACUAUGCCAGAACCAGGGUAAAUAUGAGGAGGUAGAAUAUUACUAUCAGAGAGCACUGGAAAUUUACCAAACUAAGCUGGGACCAGAUGAUCCAAAUGUUGCGAAAACAAAGAAUAACCUGGCAUCCUGCUAUCUAAAACAGGGCAAAUUUAAGCAAGCGGAAACUUUGUACAAAGAGAUUCUUACUCGUGCUCAUGAACGGGAAUUUGGCUCUGUAGAUGAUGAAAAUAAGCCUAUUUGGAUGCAUGCGGAAGAGAGGGAAGAGUGCAAAGGAAAGCAAAAAGAUGGCACAUCUUUUGGAGAAUAUGGUGGCUGGUACAAAGCUUGCAAAGUUGAUAGUCCGACAGUAACAACUACAUUGAAGAACCUUGGGGCACUUUACAGACGACAAGGCAAAUUUGAAGCUGCUGAAACAUUAGAAGAGGCAGCAAUGAGAUCUCGUAAACAGGGUCUUGACAAUGUUCAUAAACAGAGAGUUGCUGAAGUGCUCAAUGACCCUGAGAGCAUAGAAAAAAGGCGAAGCCGAGAAAGUCUCAAUGUUGAUGUGGUAAAGUACGAGAGUGGUCCUGAUGGAGGCGAGGAAGUGAGUAUGAGCGUAGAAUGGAAUGGGGAUGGCACUGGAUCUUUAAAACGCAGUGGUUCCUUUAGCAAACUUCGAGCUUCCAUUAGACGCAGCAGCGAGAAGCUGGUUAGAAAGCUGAAGGGAGGAAGUUCACGAGACAGUGAACCCAAGAAUCCAGGCAUGAAGCGUGCCAGUUCUCUGAAUGUUCUUAACAUGGGUGGCAAGGCUGCUGAAGAUCACUUCCAAGAACGAAAUAAUUGUCUGACAGACUCGAGAGCUCUGAGUGUCAGUCAAACUGAUUUGGCGCAUUGAGAUUCUUGGAGAGAAGCUAGCUAAUAUUCCUUUGUGAAUAAAGAAGCACUGAGAUCUUCAAAGCUUUGGUUCCUCAUCAUUAUGUAUAGGAACACAUAGGUCGUAGAUUUUUCUUUUGGUUUUGCAACGGACUGCUGUUAUUACUUUUCUAAAUAAGGAUAAUUUAAAACAUGGCAUAAGUGGGUAUUUUCUUCUAAAAGAAAACUAUAUAGGUAUAUAUUGCUCAUUGCACUGCUCCCAUUCGUGUUAAUUACAUUGAUUUCUUUAGGAGGUCUGAGUAAAACAGCAGCCAAACAACUGUAAAAAUGCAAACAUAUUUGAAGCAUACCAAAAUGCAAAGAUGUUUGAAAAUGAGGGUAAAAUGAAAUGUGUAGCAGUAAAUAUAUACAGUGCUGGAGAAAAGGAUAAGUUGUGUGCAUAACUGUAUCCAUUCGAACAGAACAUACUGUAUUGGUGGGGCUGUCCAUCCCUCCACUGAUUAUUUUAAUGUUAAAGACCUUAGCUAGCAAAACAGCACUUAAACAUGGAUUACUUAACCACUAGAUUGAGUUAACACAUUUUGUAAGAGAUGAUUGGGGUUACGUUACAUAUAGCAUGAAUAGGAAUUCCUGUGACCGUAACUUAGAUACCCAUUGAUAAAAGUCUUAGGGCACAAUAAUUGAUGGAGAUAGGACAGUUCAAGCUGAUGAGGACAAAAAGAAAAUGUUUUGGCCUUUGUCUUGUAUAGUGGAAAGAUACUGAAGUUCUGGACUGCAUCUGUCCCAGGGCAGCUGCUGUUGCUCCUGGGGAAACGCCACGCCUCAGGUUGACUUUCUCGCUUGUCCACUGGAAUUCGGUCCCUAUUCUCUGCAUGCUCCAAGUGCUUCGGCAUUUCCCUGUGCUCAUCCCAAAUGCUGCCUUUCUCCACAAUAGCUGAUGCCAGCAGAAGCGUGCAGCUGCAGGCCAGGCUGCUGCGCUGGGAGCAGCUGCUGAGCAAAGGACCGCUCCAACCUUAAGGGCCCUGGUGGAAGCGCGGGAUGGCCGUCGGUGGCAAGCAACUUGUUUGGCCACGCAGCCGUGUUAAAUCUACUUACAGUUACGUGUAUGCUGUUUGUAUAAAGGACUGCUGCUGGAACCAAGUAUGUAAGUUUUAAGUAUUCCAUGGACACUAGUGUUUUCUUUUGCUUUUCUGUAAAGCUUGUGAUUUUGUUCAUCUUUUGUAAAAACUUUUAUUUGUGUGAAGUUGGAUGAAAAGGUUUAAAAAAAAAAAAGUAAAAAUGUAUUUGUGGUCGUAGUUGUGAGUUAGAAAACACAGAACAAACUUAAGGAAAGCUGGAAUACCCAUUCAGGAUCAGCACUGACUGAAGGAGCUAAGAGACAAGUUGUAGUGUUUGAACAGGCUGUGAGAGUCUUUAGAAUUAGUACUUCUUAGAAGUAUUCCUCUGCUUUGGCAUCUGGUUCUGAGCUGUGUUACAGUAACUGAUGCGUACCGCUGCGUAUGUAAUGCACUCGCCUAUGUUUACCAGGAGGUACCGUGUCAGCAUCUCUCUAAAGAAAGCUGCACGUGGUGCACCUGCUACAAGGACAGUUUAGAGAUGGUGAGAUACAAUGCUGCUAAUAUGUAGAAGUGUAGCACAGAGUAGUGCAAUUCAUUAAUGAACUUGAGCAAGAACAAGUUGUUGCUCAGUUAUCUUAACAAUAUAUACUCAUAUAAUGUAGACUCUUGAGUUUUAAUCUUUUAUUAAAGAGCUUUUUAUAUUAAAAAAUAUAUAUAUCUAAUAUAUACUUAUUUUUCCCUAGAGCAAAAUACAUUCUGUGCACCCACCGGUAUGUUCGGGUCUCUGCAGAAACACAGGCUGAGCACUGUGCAGAGCCCUGUGCUGCUCGGCUGGGGUAGCUGUGCCCUGUGCCGGCUCCCACUGCAGCACUGCCCGGCCCAUAGGCAGUCCCUGUGAUAAGCUCUGACUGCAAACACCCUGGAGAGUCCCUCUGUUCCACAGCAGUGUGGUGCUACUGCUAUAGGAGUGGCUCAGUGGGCCUUGUAACAGCGUUCUGUAGAAUUAAGUGUUUCACUUUGAGGUGUUUAUAGAAGCCUAGCUUCCUUUAUAAAUAAUUAAAAAGAAAAAAACAACCUAUUUGGGCACAGCUGUGUUUGGUUGUAAGGAGCUACUUGAAAGAAAUGGAAUAUUUUCAAACACUUUUGUCUUCAACAUUGAAAGAUAAUUCUUGGCAGGCUCAAAAGUUUAAAUGGAAACACAGAACUGUGUUAAUGAUCAAAUGUACAUGAAGCUUCCACGGUGCGUGGCCAGAGUGUGUGAGCUUUCUCACUGAGGGCUGCACACAGCUCUUACUGUGGCUGGUUUUACCAGUACUGCGCUUUUACAUGUUUUAAAUUCUUAUGUUUUAAAGUGUGUUGCAAGAUAAAUCUGAGUUGUUUGAGCUACAGCAUACUCAAUAAUACUUACAUUUAAAUAGUUUUCUAGAAAAGAAACCCAAAUUUCCUAAAUCCCAAAGGAUGAUGGCUGAGCACUUAGAGAAGGUCUUACAGCUAUAAGUCAGUGUGCCGUUGGUAGUGCGAGAGGAACUUUGACCAUGCGAAAACAAACUUAGAGUCAACUUGAAGUCCUCGUGUUCCCGUCGGGAAUCAGCUACUGCCAUGGCCUGGCUCACACACACUGCAGUUUCAGGUGGGCUUCUUAGUUUGCUUUUACGUAGGAUUUUCUGUCUGAAUUUCCUCUGCUCUGGUUGUAGCUAGCAGUCUGCUAGAGUACAAGUCCAAAAACCCAGCUGUUUAAUUCUUAGAUGUCUUCAGUACUGAAUUUUAAUCUACAGCUCUGAAGCAGAAAACCGAAGGCCUUUGGAAUGGACAGGCAUCUUGUCAGGAGAGCUGCAGCUGUGGUAGUACCGCUGGUUUUUAAUCUGGUAUGUUUCCUUGCUCAGAAUCAUAAAGCUGAGCUUCAUUAAAAAGGUUACGAGGAGCUGAGGUUAUGCCAAUGCCUCUCCUGUUUGCGGCGGCCCACUGAGGCUGCUGCAUGUAGGAAUAAUUGUAUGCAAAUGAUGGACAGAAAGCUGCCUGUUGCCUUUCUCUCUGGUUGUGCAGCAGUCUUCAGCAACACUGGCAACCUUUGUUCUUCAGUUGGGAUCGUUAGUUCUUAGUGUAAAAUGCAACCAUGUUAUGAUCAGCUCUUCAGAGGAGUAACGGGGCUGCUCUGACGGCUGUGCUUGUAGUGCUGCAAGGACGGGGCACAGCACUUAAGCAAUAGAAAAGCAAUGGGAUGCAUUUGAGUUUGUAUGUUUUCUUAAAACAAAAGCCCCCAAACUUUCCAGAAUUGUAGUAAAUUAGAAUUGGUUUUAAGCUUGAGAAAUAUUUGUCCAGUAACUUUGAAAAGUGUGGUUCUGUUGCAGAUAUGUAGUAAAAGAUGUGCAGUGCUUCAACAGUGUGUUUACAGUACUGUGAGAGGAGUUCCAGUUGUAGCAGUGUAUUGUCUGACAGCUGCUAAGAGCAGGGCAGUUUGGGUUAUGUCAGCCUCUACUGAGAGAACAAACAUGACAAGAUGUGAUGCUGUGAUGUUUUGCUUCCUUAUAGCAACUUUCCACUGUCACAGACACAGAAAUGUUUGUAUCAACGUUGGGGUUUUCCUAAGUGGUUUCGAGGUAGAUUUUGAACAUUUACAUGUGAUGUUUUUCGAACCAUUCAGAUAGGCUCAGCACACUGAUGAGUGCAGGUCAGGAGUGAAGAAAAAAUAUUUUUAAUGUCCAUUUGUCAUUUUGAGGAAAAUAGUUUUGGUUUUAUAUAAAUUUUUGAUGUGUGGAUUUCAUACCUGAUUACAAACUUAAAGCUUUCCAAGACUGGCUUUAAGAUGCACCAUUUUGCUCUGUGUCUCAUUACUGUUGGUUACAGCAAUGGAAGAAAUCCAGUUUGGAGGUCCCGUUUGUCUUACCCCGGAACAAAUGGCCUUUGUUACAAAUAGCAUUCACUGUCAUUUCAUCAAGAAACUUGUCAUGAGAUUCUUUUGUGUUUUACUACAUCUGUUUUCUAAACAUCCACUGUGUUUAUUUUUUAUCCUCACAAAUUAAGCUGCUUUUCCCUCUCAAGAGCAGUCUGUUCCCAGAGCUCGGUAUGUUCCUUCUGAAAAAGGUCCCCUGAAAUACAUUGCAGAGCUGCGGAUGAAUUUGAAGCUGUUUUAAAAGUUUUUCAAAGUGGAGAAAAUAAAACAUUUAAAAUGCUCUCACAGGGUAAAAAGGAGUACACUCAGCACGUUCUAGAAUGUAAAUCUUCUGUGUAAAAAGAUUAGUUCAAUUUUUUCUGUAUAGAAACAAAUCUCGGUUGUGAAAUCCAAAGAUGAAUAAAGCUGUAUAAAGGGAA